AAACUUAGAGUUUCGCUAUUAGUAGAGACGCUCUGCCUGGCUGAAGCAUCCAUUACUAGCUCUAAAAUGAAGUUUUGGAAUUAGCAACGGAGGCUUGGGAUGAGACGUUUAAUAAAUUAGUCCUACACACAAGAGCGUUUUAAGGGCAAAAACUCUGCUAAAUAAAACCCUCACGUGAAUCCUGACUCUGAUUCAGUUACGGCACUGCAAUCCAAUCUACUGAUUAGACAAGAACUCAUUCAAUAACUCAAUUCUCUCACCUAAUAACAUCUCCCUCGCUCCAAAGAGGAAACGUUGCAGACAUACCUCAGUUAAUUACCAAACAUAACAUCCAGGGUCUCUUUGGGAGUUUGCAUGGCAGAGGUGUAUGCGCUCAUGUACUGUCUGCUUGUGGGCUGGAAAAGAAGCAUGGUGAUGUGACAGCAACAGGGCCGUGUGCUGCCCCAGGCUCUGUAGACUGGAGCCAGGCCAAAUCUUCACAUUCCUCCCUCUGUUUCCAAGCUCUGGCUGCCCGGUGGAAAUGACCUGGGCACUGAUCUGAGAUCAGUUUGAUGUGGUAUGCCGGUGCACAGUGGCCAAAAGAGCAGUACAGAGAGAGAGAGAGAGAAAGCUCUCACACACCCUCCACUCAAACAACAUUUCCCCACCUCUCUUUUUCUCUAUCGUCCACUUUUGUGUGCUGAAACGAGGGCAGAGACAAAUGUUACAGACAAAUCAGGGGAGGACAUUUAGUUCCACAGAAUAGCUCUUUUCUUUCAGCCCGAGCUCUCUGGAUACGUGUUUUUAUCUGGGCAAACAGAAGAGCUGUGUGGCCACAGGAAUUCCAGGUCACAAGGAUUCCUUCGGCAAGGAUGACUUCACCUGUGACAGAUUCAUUUCCUCUCCAGGAAUGAGACCUGUUGCUUUGACUUUGAGAGGAACUGAAGACGGUAACAGGAACUUUUGCCUUUUUAUACCAUUGAGGGAGUUCUUUUUGGACAUUAUGGGGUUGUUGUCAAUGGAUCAGAGUUCCCUUCUGGUGGUGGCCGCUCUUUUUGGGAUGCACCACUUUGCUGAAGGGGGAUGCUCAGGAAGGUGCUGUCAAGGCACAGAUUUCACCUGUUUCACUACAGACUGGAGGAUGGACCGUGUCUAUGGGAUGUGCUAUUGUGAUGAGAGGUGUGUAAAGACUAAAGACUGUUGCUUUGACUACCCAACUGAGUGCCCAGCCCAGCCGUGUGUAGUGAGUGAGUGGAGUCACUGGAGCGGGUGCGCACAGCCCUGCCAGCCCUCAUUCCGGGUCCGGAGACGCAGCGUUGAGAGACUGCCCCAAAACAGCGGACAGGCCUGUCCAAGGCUGGAGGAACAGGCCGGAUGCAUGGAGUAUCAGGAUCGCCAGGGCCAGUUUUGCUUUCAGACGCAAGGAGCAGCAUUUAUUACCACAAUGGAGUACAGCAAAGGCAGAACACAUGAUUUGUAUGGGGCCCAAAUGGAUGCUGGUUUCUGUAUGGAGUUCAAGAUGGAGUCUCUGACGCCGCAUUGCACGGUGGAGAACAGACCCAAUACACGCUGGAUGCAGUAUUUGAGGGAGGGCUACACUGUUUGCGUGGCUUGCCAACCUCCAGCUAUGAGUAACCACAGUCGGGGCUGUCAAGGAGACGGUAACCUAGCUGAGAGGGAUGAGCUUCUACACUGGCAGGCGGUGGGAAGUCCUCGCUGCAGAGGAACAUGGAGGAAAGUACAGAAACUACAGCACUGCUCCUGCCCUCAAGUGCACAGCUUCAUUUUCAUUUAAACAGUCUAUACAUAAGAAUGCUUCUUCAAAGUCCUUGUUAAAAUCCACAAAUAAGCAAUAUGUUCUAUUACACAGUAAAAAAA